AUGUCGCCUUCACGGUUCUCCUCACUGCCUAAGGACAUCGUGUGGCAAGUCUUGGCCCGCGUGCCGAAACGCUCAUACCCACUCCUCGCUUGCGCCUCCAAGAACUUCCGUCUUCUUGUUCGUUCCCCGGAGAUUCACAAGAUUCGCUCUCUCCUCCGCAAAGAUUCCCUCUACAUCUGCUUCAUGGACAAAACCAACCGUCCCCAGACCCCACACUGGUUCACUCUCCGCAGAGCCGAGAAUAAUCCGUUAGAGAACGAGUACGUCUCCGUCGAUCUUGCCUUUCCUGAUCACGACGAGUCCAACGCCUCGAUCAUCGCAUAUGGCCCGGAGAUUUUCUUUAUAUGCGGAGCACACGUUCACUCAUCGAACCUGUGGGUCUUUGACUCUCGCUCUGGACAGUUUCGCCGAGGACCAAGCAUGAACGUGACUCGAAUGUACAAGAGCGUGGGGUUAGUCGGAAGUAAGAUAUACGUGGUCGGAGGCAACAUGGCCGGUGACAUUGAAGCCGAGUCGUUUGACCUGAAGACGGAAGCUUGGGAGCCAGCGCCGAGUCUUGAGGAAGAGAUGACGUGGCUCUCGGCUGCCACGGUGUCACUAGACAGGAAGGUUUGCGCGUUGAUGCUUGUUGGAGCCUGCGCUGUUUGCUACGAUACUAGGGAUGGUUCUUGUACGGAGUUCAAGAUCAAAAUCGAAGAGUGGUGGAAAACGGGUGCGUGUGUAAUCGAUAAUGUGCUCUACGUUUAUUACGGUAGACCCGGGUUGAUGUGGUAUGACACUAAGAUGAGGGUAUGGAGAGUGGUAACUGGUUUGGGUGAUCUCAAGAAGGUUCGGUCUGUUGGAAUGGUGGAAUACUAUGGAAAGUUGGCGGUUUUGUGGAAAGAACAUAGUGGUGGUGCAACGAAGGAGAUUUGGUGUAGAAUGAUUAGUUUGGAGAGGAGUGAAGAUGGGAUCAGUGGGACUGCAGAAGAAUCGUCUCAGCUUCUGGGGAGUGUGCCUCGUUGCUUUAGGUUGCACCGUGUUCUAUCUGUUUCAGACUAG